AUGAUGAACAAAGGUAUUCCUCGUCCUGACAUUGCGUUCUUCACUUCAAUAAUAAAUAGUCUAUGCAAAGAAGGAAGGGUUAUGGAUGCACAAAAUAUCUUUGACUUGCUUGUUGCCAUAGAUGAGAGGCCUAAUGUCAUUACAUUUAAUUCACUAAUUGACGGAUAUUGCUUAGUUGGCGAGAUGGAUAAAGUAUUCAGAGUACUUGAUGCCAUGAAAUCAGUUGGUGCUGAGCCUGAUAUUGUUACAUACAAUACACUUGUUAAUGGCUAUUGUAGAAAUGGAAGGAUUGACGAUGACUUGGCUUUGUUCAGGGAAAUGCCAUGUAAGGGAAUAAAACCUGACACUGUUGCAUAUUGCAUCAUACUAGAUGGGUUGUUUCAUGCCGGGAGAAUUGUCGUUGCAAGGAAAAUGUUCCAUGAGAUGAUCGAAAGUGGAACAACAGUGGGCAUUCCCAUAUACAAUAUAACACUUAAAGGCCUUUCUAGAAAUAACUGUGCACACGAAGCGAUAGCCAUGUUCCAGAAAUUAGGUGCAAUGAAUGUGAAGUUUGAUAUUGUCACACUCAAUACCAUGAUUAAUGCAUUGUACAAGGUUGGAAAAAAAGAAGAAGCUAAGGAUUUGUUUGCUGCAAUAUCAGCCAGCGGGUUGGUGCCUAAUGCUUCCACUUACAGCAUAAUGAUAAUAAAUUAUCUGAAGGAAGGAUCAGUGGAAGAUGCUAACAAUAUUUUUUCAUCAAUGGAGAAGAGUGGCAUAGCUCCCAGUUCUCGUCUUAUAAAUUAUAUCAUCAGAAUAUAUUUGGAAAAAGGUGAGAUCGCCAAGGCUGGAGAUUAUUUGUCCAAGGUUGAUGGGAAGAACAUCUUACUUGAAGCUUCAACUACGUCGCUGAUGUUGUCUCUCUUUUCAAGAAACGGGAAAUAUCAGGAGAAUAUCAAAUUGCUUCCUGCAAAGUAUCAGUUUUUUUAUGGAUUUGGUUGA